AUAGUCCUCUGAUUCAAUAUAAAUAACACAUAAUGGCUGCACAUCAGAAAGUUUAUGGAGAUUACCCAGUAUACUAUAAGAAUCCAAUCAGGUGGGCUCGUUAUCACGCUCAUACCAAGCCACAUUUCGUAUUUGCUGUAUUUUUCGCAGUUAGUGCUCCAGUAUUAUUGUUGUUGACUCCAUUAAGAAGAAAGUUCUUAUAUGACGACCACACUCCACUUCCAUAUGUUUACCCUCUCCCAAAUAGACCUAGAGAUAAAAACUUGUCUGGUUAUGAUGAUUAGAGAAAGGGGAAGUUCAGUGAAAAACUUGUUAUGAUAGUGUUUUUUUUGGAUACGUGCAUUAUAAAUGGGAACAGAAAAUAAGGGCCCUUUGAUAUUCUAUUUCUCGUUACUUUGAGGCGUGUUAUAGUAUAUUUUAUAUAAAGUAAUUCUUAUUUCAUGUUAUUUAUAG